GUGAGGAACCUUGAUCCUUGCGGGCUACCAUCCCGGAAGUGGAAAUUAGAGGAAGACCGUACUGGGUUUGCUGUGGAUAAGUUUCUCAAGAUUCUAGAUGCCAGAUCUCAAGAUUCUUAGCACUCUUUGUGGUGUGAUUUGACCAGGAUAGAAUCAGAGGUUUUAUUCUCCUCAGUUGAAGGAGGCAGCUUUCUGGUGAGCUCGUGUGUAGUCUCGGGACUUCCGUUAAGAGUCCUGCGGAGAAAGCCGGUCUACGCUGUUGCUCGGUGGCGACUUUGGUUCGGAGAUGAGCUGAUGCCUUAGUGGCUUACCAUGGCCCAGCGGGCAGUGUGGCUUAUACGCCACGAACCAGGAACUCCGCUUUGUGGCACCGUGAGAUUCUCCAGACGUUAUCCAACUGUUGAAAACAGAGCCAAAGUAUUCAAUGGAGCAAGUUAUGUGCCUAUUCCCGAAGAUGGUCCCUUUCUUAAAGCACUAUUGUUUGAACUUAGAUUACUGGAUGAUGAUAAGGACUUCAUGGAGUGUCGUGAUAGUUGUACACACAUCAAUAAAACAUCCAUCUAUGGACUUUCAAUAGGAAAUGAAGAACUCUGGCCAGUAGUUGCUUUUCUGAAGAAUGGCAUGGUAUAUGCUAGUGUUCCACUAGUCGAACAAACUCUCUCCCCUCGUCCAUCAUUAAUUAGCAUCAGUGGAAUUUCACAAGGCUUGGAACUUCUUUUUGGGAUACAGGAUUUUCUUUACUCUAGUCAAAAAAAUGACACUGAACUGAAUACAAAAUUGAGCCAAUUACCUAACUUGCUUCUACAGACUUGUCCAUUUGGUACUUUAUUAGAUACCAACUUACAGAAUUCAGUGGAUAAUAAUAAUUUUGCUUCUGUAUCUCAGCCACAAAAACAGCCAGCUUGGAAAGCUGGAACAUACAAAGGAAAACCACAGGUUUCUAUUUCUAUCACUGAAAAGGUAAAAUCCAUGCAAUAUGAUAAACAGGAUAUAGCAGAUACAUGGCAAGUUGUUGGAGCAGUCACUUGCAAGUGUGAUUUAGAAGGAAUCAUGCCAAACGUCACCAUCAGCUUGAGCCUCCCCACCAAUGGAUCUCCACUUCAAGAUAUUCUAGUUCAUCCUUGUGUGACUUCUCUUGAUUCUGCCAUUCUGACUUCUAGCAGCAUUGAUGGAGUGGAUGAUUCUGCAUUUAGUGGGCCUUAUAAAUUUCCAUUCUCUCCACCCUUAGAGUCAUUCAGUUUAUGCUACUAUACUUCCCAGGUCCCUGUCCCACCAAUUUUGGGUUUUUAUCAAAUGAAAGAAGAAGAAGUACAACUAAAAAUAAAAGUUAAUUUAAAACUUCAUGAAAGUGUGAAAAAUAAUUUUGAAUUCUGUGAAGCUCAUAUACCUUUUUACAAUAGAGGUCCAAUUACACAAUUGGAAUACAAAGUUAGUUUUGGCCAACUUGAAGUAUUUCGAGAGAAAAGCUUACUGAUCUGGAUUAUUGGCCAGAAGUUCCCCAAAUCAAUGGAAAUUAGUCUUUCUGGAACUGUAACUUUUGGAGCCAAGAGCCAUGACAAGCAGCCAUUUGACCAGAUUUGUAUUGGAGAUACAGCAUAUGUGAAGAAAAAAAAUGUGGGGAGUUACCACAUUGCAUAUUCUUCAGAGCUUCAUUUUAGCAUCUUAGAUUACACACUUACUGGAUGUUAUGCGGAUCAACAUUCAGUUCAAGUUUUCGCAUCAGGAAAACCAAAAAUAAGUGCACACCGGAAACUAGUAUCUUCUGAUUAUUACAUCUGGAAUUCUAAAGCCCCUGCUCCAGUAACAUAUGGAUCAUUAUUACCGUGAUUUUCUUUUCAUAUUUAAAUGGAAUUUAUACAAUAGUAACAUAGCAUAAAUGAAAUCAUAGAUUUUUAUUUUCAUUGUGUAUUCAUAUAACCUGUGAGUGAAAAAAAAUCUCUGAAUGAUUUUAAUUAUAAAAUAUUCAUAUUUAAUGUUUUUAAUCUGAGUAGUUUGAAAGAAUAUCAUAACAUAAUAAUGUUAUGUCAUAUAUAACAUUAUUAUAUAUUCCAUAAGUUCUAUAUUGUAGCAUUAAUAUAUAAUUAUAUAUUGUAUGUAUAGUGUGUAUUACUGUUAUAUAAUAUUAUACAGUCUAAUACCUCCUGUAUUUGUUACCCUUUCAUUUUCUGUCACUGUGAUUCAGAAUACAGAGAAUUUGUAAUUCACUCUGACUUAUUUUAGACUCAUCCUGGGUUAGUAUGCCAUAUAUGUUCCUUCCUGCCCCUGUAGCAGACAUUGCUAAUCAAUACAGCCCUAUUUCUACUGUGAGUUUUUCUGGGUAUGAGCUCAGGCAUCUUAGUGCAGAGUUUUAUAAGCAACCAUUCCAAUGGUUUGUAGCUGGCAUGCAAGAUAACUAUUUGCUCUUUCAAACCUAAGUACUAAGCCAGGGUUGGUGGGGCUCACCUGUAAUCCCAACAACUUGGAGGACUAAGGCAGGAGGAUCAUGAGUUUGAGGCCUCUUGGCAAUCUGAAGAGACCCUGUUUCAAAAUAAAAAGGAAUGGUGAUAUAGCUCAAUGGUAGAAUGUCCUUGGGUUCAAUCCCCAAUACAAAAAAAAAAAAAAAAAAAAAAAACUAAGUACUAAUCUCCCAGUAUAUUGUGCUGAUACAGAAUAUCAGUGACCCAGUUAGAAACAACUAUAAAUCUCUUGAAAAAUCAGCCAGUGGAGAUACAGGAAAAUUGCUUAAAUAGUAACCUGUUCUUAAUCAGAACUAUCCCAUUGACUAAUGAAGAAUCUGCAUAAUUCUAUUAAUCCCUGUUCUAGAGUUAAUUUUUAAGUAAGUUUGUUAAUCUGCCACAAAAACAUUUUGCUUAGGAUGUCUAUAGGCAUAUUAAAAAAAAAAAAGAUGGGUAGGAUACCUUUAGAAGAUGAA